AUGCCGAUAAUUGGAUGGGUGGACAUCGUGAUAUUGUUAUUGGUCGGCGGAACUUUAGGCUUAAAUUACAUCAAUGGAUGCAGUAAACCGGCUCAGCACAAAAAAGGUAGAAUGCUACAAUUUAUUUUCUUUUGGUUAUGUUUUAAGUAAUGGAAUGCUUAAAUUAUAAGGUUUAGGUAUUAAAUUCAUGGUAGUUUUACUUUUCGAGUUUUCUGAAAACUGAAAGAUUUAUAUCAAAAAUAAAAAUAUAUGUAUUGUAAAGCAUAAAAAGGAGUAUGUAAUGUGACAAUUUCGUAUUUAUAUAUUGUCUUUGAAAGAAGUUGUGAUCAUUUUAAUAAGUCGAAAAGCGAAAAAAGUUCGAUUCCGCGUGGAAAUCAAGCUUCUUUUGGGUUUCUGUGCACUAUAACUCUUUGUAAAUUAAUGUUUUGGUUAAGAAACUUUUAGAAUAAAAUAACCAGCUUGUUUUCUACAUGACAAACAACUCUUUUUUCAAUUUUAGGCAAGUCUAAUAAGUCCAAGAACAAAAAGAAGAAGAGCAGCAAGAAAGGAAGUGAUAAGAAGAAGGGCAAAACCAUGAGAACUGAUGGAAAAUCAGCCAUUGAUGAUGUUGACGAGGAUCCGGAUUUGAAAUCUCGUAGCAAUUAUGACAUUGACACUCCAUGCAGUGAGGAACAUGUUGAUGAAGAUGGGAAGGACAAACCGGCUGCUGUAAAGGGUAAAGCUGCUGGUACUGGUACAGCUGGUGUUACAAGUAAGAAAUUUUAUUUAAUUUUGUAGGGACUUUUCGGGUUAAUUUUGGAAUAGUACUACUGGUGCAAAUACGUUGUUUUUAAAUUUUAAAAACAACAAUGUUAUUUUAGGCGCAACCAACGGUACAGCUGGCUCGCUAACAGCUGGAACUCCCACUAAGACUCGACCAGAAAGCAAAGGAAGUGCAGAAAGUGGCAAUGAAGCAACAGGAGUUCAGGAUGCGGACCCAACCCCAGAAAAAUCUCAAAAAGGUCAUGGCAAGGCGGCCGGUGGCCACAAAACUCAGGACCAGCCAACCAACGGUACCACUUGUACGUCGCCGGAGGGUAGUGAUAAAGAAGUCAAAAAAGAAUCGAUAAGAAAGCCACACCCAACUGUGACCACGCAAGCUACGGCUGGUACACCUGUCGAAGGCCGAGGAGAGAAGAAGGGUCUAAAGAAGCAUCAGAAGGCGAAGCCGAGCGAAGGAAAACUAACUCGAACACGGACUCACGAGAAAGCGGACAACGAAUCCUGGUCGCCUGUUGCAGGAACUCCUGUAGCCAACACGGCACCUACGCUGCAGAAGUCGAAUUCUGAAUGA